AAGAAAGCUGGUGUUGGGAUAUCACAGUACCCGCAACCAAACGGGACCCAAAGAAAGGCCCUAGCUAGUAGCUAGCCUGCGAGACGAGCACGGCACGCGCGUCUUGCUUUCUUUUCUCCAUCCAAACUCCAAAGACCUCCUCCCUCCCCGUUAGUGGCAGCAGAGUCCUCAAAAGCACACUCUUCCUCAUCCUCUCUCAGAAAGAGAAGGCGAUUAUUGAAAGGUAUAAGAAGAAGAAGAUAUUAUGGUGAAGGUACGGAUGAAUACGGCCGAUGUGGCCGCUGAAGUGAAAUGUCUGCGUCGUCUAAUCGGCAUGCGUUGCUCCAAUGUCUACGAUCUCUCCCCCAAGACGUAUGUGUUCAAGCUAAUGAAUAGCAGUGGAGUUACAGAAUCAGGAGAAAGCGAGAAAGUUUUAUUAUUAAUGGAAAGCGGUGUUCGCUUGCACACCACUGCUUAUGUCAGAGAUAAAAGUAAUACUCCCUCCGGUUUUACUUUAAAAUUGCGAAAACAUAUUCGUGCUAGGAGACUGGAAGAUGUGCGGCAGCUCGGAUAUGAUAGGAUCGUUCUGUUUCAAUUCGGACUUGGAGCUAAUGCACAUUAUGUUAUCUUGGAGUUGUAUUCGCAAGGCAAUAUUAUACUUGCUGAUUCUGAGUUUAUGGUUUUGACUCUUCUUCGGUCACACAGGGAUGAUGAUAAAGGGGUUGCUAUUAUGUCGAGGCAUCGAUAUCCUACUGAAAUUUGCCGAGUUUUUGAGCGAUCGACAGCUGAGAAGUUGCAGAAGGCUCUAACAUCUCUUAAGGAACUGGAAAAUAGUAACCCUGUGAAAGUUGAUGCUGAUGGUGGUGACAGUAAUGUGUCUGAUAAACCUAUGAAAGUUGAUGCUGAUGGUGGUGACAGUAAUGUGUCUGAUAAACCUAUGAAAGAAAAACAGGGGAAAAAUAAGGGUGGGAAAUCUUCAGUGCCUAGUAAAAAUACCAAUGAAGGGAAUCGUGUCAAACAAGCUACGUUGAAAACUGUUCUUGGGGAGGUGUUGGGCUAUGGUCCUGCGCUUUCUGAGCACAUUAUAUUGGAUGCUGGUUUGGUACCAAAUACAAAGUUUUCUAAAGAUAACAAAUUAGAUGAUGAGACCAUUCAGGUUUUGGUAAAAGCUGUUGCAAAGUUUGAAAACUGGCUCCAGGACAUUAUUUCGGGAGAUAAAGUCCCUGAAGGCUACAUUUUGAUGCAGAACAAAAAUUUGGGCAAGGAUUGCCCUCCAUCUGACUCCGGAAGUUCUGUCCAGAUCUACGAUGAGUUCUGCCCUUUGUUGCUGAACCAGUUCAGAAUGAGGGAACAUGUGAAGUUUGAUGCAUUUGAUGCAGCUUUGGAUGAGUUUUACAGCAAGAUUGAAAGUCAAAAGUCAGAGCAUCAACAGAAGACAAAGGAGGGCUCUGCCAUUCAGAAACUAAAUAAAAUACGCCUGGACCAGGAAAAUCGUGUGGAAAUGCUGAGGAAAGAAGUUGACCACAGUGUCAAAAUGGCAGAAUUAAUAGAAUACAACUUAGAAGAUGUGAAUUCUGCUAUCUUAGCUGUUCGUGUGGCUCUUGCAAAGGGAAUGGGUUGGGAGGAUCUUGCUCGGAUGGUGAAGGAUGAGAAGAAGGCAGGAAACCCUGUCGCUGGCUUAAUUGACAAGCUCCAUUUUGAAAAGAACUGCAUGACAUUGCUAUUAAGCAAUAAUCUUGAUGAAAUGGAUGAUGAUGAAAAGACAUUUCCGGUGGAUAAGGUAGAAGUCGAUUUAGCACUUUCUGCACAUGCCAAUGCACGGAGGUGGUAUGAACUGAAGAAAAAGCAGGAGAGCAAGCAGGAAAAAACUGUUACUGCACAUGAAAAAGCUUUUAAAGCUGCUGAGAAAAAAACCCGUCUCCAGCUUUCCCAGGAAAAAUCUGUUGCCACUAUAUCACACAUGCGUAAAGUUCACUGGUUUGAGAAAUUUAAUUGGUUCAUCAGCAGUGAGAACUAUUUGGUUAUUAGUGGACGUGAUGCUCAGCAAAAUGAGAUGAUAGUCAAGCGUUAUGUGUCAAAAGGAGAUUUGUAUGUCCAUGCAGAUCUGCAUGGAGCUUCCAGUACUGUGAUAAAAAAUCACAGGCCUGAACAACCUGUACCUCCUCUCACUUUAAAUCAAGCUGGAUGUUUUACAGUUUGCCACAGUCAGGCAUGGGAUUCGAAGAUUGUCACUAGUGCUUGGUGGGUGUACCCUCACCAGGUCAGUAAAACUGCUCCUACUGGAGAAUAUCUUACUGUUGGGAGUUUCAUGAUCCGUGGGAAAAAGAAUUUUCUCCCACCACAUCCUCUUAUAAUGGGCUUUGGGUUGUUGUUUCGCUUAGACGAGAGCUCUUUGGGCUCCCAUUUAAAUGAAAGGAGGGUUAGAGGUGAGGAGGAUGGGGUGAAUGAUGUUGAAGAAAGUCAGCCUCUCAAGGAAAUUUCUGAUUCUGAGUCAGAGGAGGAGGAAGUUGCUGGAAAAGAACUUGUGUUAGAAUCAGAAAGCCAUUCUAAUGACUUGACUGUCUCCAAUACCAUUUUACAUGAAUCUUCUGUCCAAGAGACUUCCCUUAAUGGUGUCAAUAUUGAAAAUUUAUCUGAUGUUGUCGGAAACGAUGUUGCUCCAGUUACCCCACAACUCGAGGAUCUCAUUGAUAGAGCUCUUGGGCUUGGACCUACUGCUGUGUCCAGUAAAAAUUAUGGAGUUGAACCAUUACAAGUUGACAUGACGGAAGAACAUCAUGAAGAAGCAAGAGAUAAACCUUAUAUUUCAAAAGCUGAGAGAAGGAAGCUCAAGAAAGGUCAGAGAAGUAGUGCUACAGAUGCAGAAGUUGAGCGGGAAAAGGAAGAAUUGAAAGACAAUGUUGUUUCUGUUGACCAACCUGAAAAGCAUGUUCAAAACAAUAAGCAAGGCGGUGGGAAAAUCAUUCGUGGUCAGAGGAGUAAGCUUAAGAAGAUGAAGGAGAAGUAUUCCAAUCAGGAUGAGGAAGAGAGGAGUAUUCGGAUGGCUUUACUGGCUUCUGCUGGAAAUACACGCAAGAAUGAUGGAGAGAUUCAAAAUGGAAAUGAAGCUACUGACAAAGGGAAGAUAUCUAUUACCGGUACUGAAGAUGCUCUGAAAGUAUGUUAUAAAUGUAAAAAGGCAGGCCACCUAUCUCGGGAUUGCCCAGAACAUCCUGAUGACAGUUUGAAUAGUCGUGCAGAUGGUGCUGUAGAUAAAUCUCAUGUGAGUUUGGUUGAUUCCACCUCUGAGGUGGACAGGGUGGCUAUGGAGGAGGAAGAUAUUCAUGAGAUAGGCGAACAAGAGAAAGAGAGGUUGAAUGACUUGGAUUACUUGACUGGGAACCCACUGCCUAUUGAUAUUCUCUCAUAUGCAGUGCCUGUCUGUGGUCCAUACAGUGCAGUGCAGUCAUACAAGUACCGUGUGAAGGUUAUUCCUGGCACUGUAAAGAAAGGAAAAGCUGCAAGAACUGCCAUGAACUUAUUUAGCCACAUGCCAGAUGCAACUAGUAGAGAGAAAGAAUUGAUGAAAGCGUGUACAGAUCCUGAGCUAGUAGCUGCAAUUGUUGGCAAUGUGAAGAUCACUGCUGCAGGACUUGCACAAUUGAAGCAGAAGCAAAAGAAAGUUAAGAAGAACAACAAAGGUGAAAGUUAGCAAGCUAGCCUCAGGUCGGGAGUUUGUAAAAGCCAAAGGCCAUAUGCCUACGACUAUAUCCUUUAUAAAUCCGUGGGGAAAAAAAUUCAUGCCUUGUAGCAUAGCCGUUACAGUGCCAGGAUUGUACAAAAAGAGUUAUCAUAGAUGAUGUUAGUGAGAGGACGUCGUGAUCGUGGUAGAAGUUUUACAGGGAGGAAAUUUCCAUUUGUACUAAGUUGUUUUUUCGCUGCUCAUGUGUCAUCCGGGUGCUAACUUUUACCUGGAAAUGUUCUUAACUUGAAUUUUUUUUUUGGUUAAGAUAUAUACCGACUUUUAAGUUUUAA